AUGGAAAAAAAGAUUAACGAUGAGGAGUUUGGCAUUUUGUCGCAAGGAAACAGUUACUUAUCGAUUCAAGCCACUGUCUCUGCAAUUAGCAACUUGAUAUAUUCGCAGUCCAAAAUCGAAUCUCCGACUGGGCCCUCCCGAAAAGAGAUGUUAUCCUCUUAUUACAACUCGGUAAUCACUUCGUUAUACGUUCCAUUGUUUGCGACAGCAACAGACACCGAUGCGAAUGGGAAAGUAACUCAAGAAGAACUCGAUAGAACAUUGUCUAUAUUGAACACAUCACACAUCGACUUAAACUCGGACACCGUGUUAGCAAAUACUAUUUUAUUUGAAAUACUCGACACCGACAAUGAUGGUAAAGUCCCAACAAACGACAUUAUUCAUUUUGUCGUCAAGAUUUCUGGUAAAACUCCAAGCUCACAAGCAACUGAGGGUGUUCGCAAUUUGGUCGACCCUUUGAACACAUCGUUUGUCACUCUUGACAAUUUUGUAAAGGCGAUGAAUCAAUGA